AUGAUUACGAGAAUUGUGAGACGACAGGCAAAGCGUUCUUUGACCAACUGCAGACCCCUGCUUCAAAAUGUGCCCAAAUAUGACGAUGCUGAGCUUCUAGCGGGGAAGUUAAACAAGGCAUCAUACACAGCCAAAAGAGGCAAAGACACCUACCAAUGGGCAGAAAGGUCCGCCCAAGAGAUGGAGGAAGAGCAUAACGAUCGAAUGGCUCGUAUGAUGAAGCUUCGCGCAGUUUUCCAAGGUCUUUUUUUGGUUGUGGGCGUGGGAGCCGCUUACACGACUUACAUGCAAUGGCCACAGAUCAAAAGUUGGUGGUUGGCUGAGAAAAGCAUUUUGGAUGAUGAUGCAAUUGAACUCUUGAAGAAACGGAGGGACGAGAAGACGUUAUUGGAGUUUCCUAAGAUUCCAGCCUCGGAGCCUCCCAGCAGCGUUCCGGGCGUUUACUAUUGGGGUUCUGGUCGUAAUGAUCACAAAAACAGUAAGUUUCCUUUGAGAGUUGCCCAUUUUGAUGGCCAGAAACUGAGGGACGUGUGCCUUUCAACUGAAAAUGCUAAUCUAGCUAUCGACAAAAACGGAGAUUUGUAUACCUGGAACACCAAAUCUAAAAAAUUGAUUCUGGCCGAUCAAGAUCUGCUCUCGGCUAAAUCAUCGAACGGUGUUGCUUACGCACUAACAAAGAAAGGCGACCUUUUGAUCGUUCCGCUGGCCGAUCCUAAGCAGAGAUCCAAAUUUUUGCGCAAGCACAGAUCGUGGCUACGACCAUGGAGGAGACACUGCCAAUACGACCACAAACUAGACACUAAGAAUGCCUUUUCAGGCCGUCACGAAAAUAAAAUUACCCAUUUCGAUGUUGGUAAAGAGCAUCUGGUUUUUUUGUCCAACACAGGAAAGGCGUAUACUUGCGCCACAGGACUAAAAGAAGCGCAGGAAGCCAAAUCCAGAGGUCAAUUCGGCGUUCCAAUUCUCUCACAAUUCGAUCCAUUCCCAGAAUGCAAUAAAAUAUAUGAGAUUGAGCUUUUGAAUCAUAGUACCGCUGGGAGCGAAGGUGUUGCCCGAACAAUCAAGAAGGUCACCUGUGGGGAUUACCAUACCCUUGCUCUUGACUCAUUGGGUGAACUUUACUCUUUUGGGCUCAAUACCCAUGGUCAGUUGGGCCAGCCCAUAAGAUAUGACAUGGAGUACCUCCCGUUCCCAAAAGUUGUGAGUGGAUUCAGCGCUCAUUUCCCAAGAGACACUUACCUAAAGUGCGUCGAUGUCAAUGCAUCGGGAGACACCUCAUUUGUCAGUGUUGUGCCGCAAGAUAUUCACAAGCUCAUCAGAAGUAGAGGUAAUGAAUCUUUGCGCGAUGAUCUGGAUAAAGUAACGUACUUUUCAUUUGGUGGCGGAAUAAGCGGCGAGUUGGGGAAUGGUAACUUCAAGCAUUGUCAACAAGAUCCAACGAAACUGAAAGUUGUGAACGAAGCCUCAAACGACAGCUCUGCUCCAAAUUUUAGACCAUCAAAAAUUGCGAAAUGGUCCUGUGGAACUGACCACGUUUUAGCCGAGUUAGAGAAUGGCGAAGUACUAGCGUGGGGAUCGAAUACCCAAGGUCAACUUGGUAACGGCAAGAAAAUUAAGUCUUGCAGACCUAUAAAUAUUCCUCAGCUUUUGGAACCUGGUAACGAGUUGAGCUCUUCUCAAGAGAACAUGCAAAAACACCUCUUGACCACUCUUCAGCUACUACCGGGUCAAACAAUUAAAGCAGGAGAAAGAUCCAGCUGUAUUUAUUGGGAUGCUUAA